UGUACCCACCCACCACUCGAUCAAUUCGAUCCACUCCCUUGGCAAAUUAGCUAAUUUCGUCGAUGUUGUAAAGCAAAAGAGUUCUUCUGCUGUCUAUUGACUGGAGUCAUUGUGGGAGAUCGCUCUGUCCAGCUGGUUAGUUUAGUGGUGAGGCUUGGCUCAAUUUGGGUUCUGCCAGUACAGCGACUGCUCAUAAGGUGCAUUAUGGAACCAUCCGGCUAUGGGCGGCGGUCCCCGGAGUGCAGCUAGUGCAAGUGUUUUGCUCAUUCACUGCCUGCUACUGCCACAGCAGCGCAGCCGACAAACCUCAACCAGUUUCGGUUUCAAUACAACAGUUUUUUUUACAAUUUGUUACAACUGAGCCAGACGAGCGGCCAGUUGGGCAGAGCUGCUGCUGUUGUUAUUGUUACGGCAGCGGCUAGGUUUUCGGCGCAACUCAACUUGGCUAUGGCGCAUGCGUGGAUGAUUAGUGAAGUGCGAGACAUCGCGGCAAUCGGACGUUGCAGACGCGUGGAAGAGCCAAUUGUCAAUCUUCCCAGACACAUCCAAAUUCAAUCGGGGAUCAAAAUAAAGGUACAUCAUAAAAAUGGCGCAGGGCCUUCCUCUAACUCUGCUCAGGGUCGUGCUCCUAAACGCGGCUGUUUCCUUCGCCUGGAAGCCAAUCGCCGUUAGUUUGGGCGGCAGCACCGGGAUCAGCGGCAGCACCGCCUCCUACAGCCUCAAGCAGUCGCAUCCGGGGACUGCCAGCAGCAGCCACGAAAUGUCCGCCAGCUUCUCGCAGUUUGGCAACGAAAAGGAGACCGCAGCGGUCGGGGACGAGGUGCUCCCGGGCCGAGCUGUCAUUUUAAGCGGAGGGGACUCCAGUGCCUCGGUGGUCCACCCCAUCAGCUUCGCAGAUCAUGUGGAGGACCAGUAUGAGUCCUACAGUAUCGAGGACGAGGAGCCACUGACCUUCACGCGGACUCCGCUGUACGGUUCCGAUCGCUGCAGCGUCAAGAAGUUUGCUUUCAACCAGGACGGCCAGGUAGAGUACGGCAACCAGAUACCGGAGCUGGACCAGUUCACACUUUGCUUUUGGAUGCGAUUCACCAACCACAGUGGCGACCACGUCCUUUUGACCUACGAGGCUGGAAAGGAACAACGCGAAGUGCAAAUCUGGGUCGCAAAUGCGCAGAAUUCAAGUUUCCUUUCGAUGGCCAUAAAAGGUCAGCAAAUGUACAGAUUAAACUACCCGCUGAAAAUGCGCCAGUGGCAUCACAUGUGCAGCUCGUGGAAUGGCAAGACGGGCGAGUGGCAAGCAUGGCUGAAGGCAGAACGCAUUGGUCGUGGUUUCCACAAUUCGUUGGUGGGUCAUAAAAUUCCAGCGAACGGCAAGCUGCGUUCCGGCGGCAGUUCGGUCACCGGCGAGGUGAGUCACGGCCUGCACUUCGAGAUGACUCUGGUUCAGGUCUACCGAGUGGCACUCAGUGCCGGCAAAGCGCACCGUGAUCACAAGCACCACCACGUCCACCACUUCGAUCACGAGGGCCUGGAGGUCUCCAGCACCACACGUGCCCCACCCUCAAUCAACCGUCCUCAGCCCAUGCACUCGCUGCUUGCCAGUGGUCAGAUCCCGACUCGAGUGCGCAUCAACUUGGCCAACCCGCCGCCAGCGGCAGCAGGAGCCGCCCUGCCCGCUGGCGGUGGGCUUGGCGAUCCCGCGCAGCAGGCCAUUACCAUCAAUACAAAUUUCGUUAAUGGACAGAUCAACGCGGGCUCGCGGCUGGUGGCCCAGCAGCUUCUAGGACUCUUGCCGCCGAGCGGUUCGGCCCAGGCCCAGCUGCAGCCUAGCGGAGGCAACCGCUUUCAGAUGCUGAGCAACUCGGCGAACGUCCAGUUCAUCGACGAAACGGAGACUCACAUUCAGUUCAAGCGUGAGGCCGACGCAAAAAAUCUGCAAAAGCGCGGACUGGUGCUCCUGGAUAACGGUUCAGUGGUAGAUGACGGAUCCGGAACGGACGCCAGCGAGAUUUACAACGGCCUCGCCGACUUUGGUGGCAUGCAGUUCAAACAGGACCUGACCAUGAAAAUGAGUUUGGAGGACGAGAUCAGCACGCACGACCGAGAGCCCGCCGAGGAGGAGGUGAAGGCCGUAAUGGCCAUCUGCAGCAGUUGCCACUCGGAGCCCUUUCAGGGCGCCAUUGUGUUCGCCUGGAAGGAUGUGCGGGAGCACAUGAAUAACGCGCUCAAGGGCCUUAGCGUGGGCCCAUGCGGCAACUUCUAGUUCUACUUCCAGUACGGACAACGGAUAUAAUCCUAGUGUCCCACAUCUUAUCAAUGAAUUUUUUUUAUACAUACGAGUAAGUAUUCGUUUGGAGUUGGCAUAUUCUGUCCCGAACCACCUUUCCCCAUGUCCAUGUGGGAGUCAACGCUUUACAGUGGUGCCAUGGUCCCCAACAAUCCUUGACUCGCUCAUGGACACCCAUCCUUGAGCCCCACACCCUAGCAACUACGCGGUGAUACUAAAUAAAGGACUAUUUUAGCCAAA